AUGUUGGGCACAAAUUCUCGCACUCGCGGGAUGUCCCAACAGCUGUAUCAUCAGAACCGCACCAAGCCAUCUCCUCAUAUAAUCUCUUCACAAAGAUAUGUCUCACGCAUUGAGAAAUACAGCUCAGUCAACACACCCUCUUAUCGUCGAAUUACCAUAGUCACUAUCGGUUCAAUGGAAAUAUUUCUAAUGACGAUUCAGAAUGUUCAACCCCUUGACCAAACGCUAUUUGCCGCGGCAACACUAGUAAAUGAGAGUGGCCCAAUUGAAGGCCGGAGUCAGAUGGUAUUUUGGGAGAAAUGUAUCACGGCACAAUGGAAGAAAAAAGGUGGUAGUCGUUGGGAGAAUAUUGAUGAAAAAACUGGUCAGACGAAGCUUGAGCCCGGCUACCUACUUUAUUUCUACGAAGGCACUAUUAAACAGAGCGAGUAG